UCCUCAGUGUGUCACCCCUGUAGUAAGGUGAUUACGUGAGGGGGAGGUUUGUUACAGUGUGUCACCCUAAUAGUAAGGUGAUCACAUGAGGAGGAGGAUUGUUAUACUGUGUCACCCCAGUAGUAAGGUGAUUACAUAAGGAGGUUUGUUACAGUGUCACCCCAGUAGUAAGGUGAUUACAUGGGGAGGAGGUUUGUUACAGUGUGUCACCCCAGUAGUAAGGUGAUUACAUAAGGAGGUUUUUUACAGUGUGUCACCCCAGUAGUAAGGUGAUUACAUGAGGAGGUUUGUUACAGUGUGUCAUCCCCAGUAGUAAGGAGAUUAGAUGAGGAGGAGGUUUGUUACAGUGUGUCAUCCCCAGUAGUAAGGUGAUUACAUGAGGAGGUUUGUUACAGUGUGUCAUCCCCAUUAGUAAGGAGGUUUGUUACAGUGUGUCACCCCAAUAGUAAGGAGAUUACAUGAGGAGGUUUGUUACAGUGUGUCACCCCAGUAUUGAGGAGAUUAUAUGAGGAGGAGGUUUGUUACAGUGUGUCACCCCAGUAGUAAGGAGAUUACAUGAGGGGGAGGUUUGUUACAGUGUGUCACCCCAGUAGUAAGGAGAUUACAUGAGGAGGAGGUUUGUUACAGUGUGUCACCCCAGUAGUAAGGUGAUUACAUGAGGACGAGGUUUGUUACAGUGUGUCACCCCAGUAGUAAGGAGUUUACAUGAGGAGGGUUUAUUUUUUACAGUGUGUGACCCCAGUAUUAAGGAGAUUACAUGAGGAGGAUUGUUACAGUGUGUCACCCCAGUAGUAAGGAGAUUACAUGAGGAGGGGGUUUGUUACAGUGUGUCAGCCCAGUAGUAAGGAGAUUACAUGAGGAGGAGGUUUGUUACAGUGUGUCAUCCCAGUAGUAAGGUGAUUACAUGAGGAGGAGGUUUGUUCCAAUGUGUCACCCCUGUAGUAAGGAGAUUAUAUGAGGAGGAGGUUUGUUACAGUGUGUUACCCCAGUAAGGAGAUUACAUGAGGAGGAGGUUUGUUACAGUGUGUCACCUUAGUAGUAAGGUGAUUACAUGAGGAGGAGGUUUGUUACAGUGUGUCACCCCAGUAUUAAGGAGAUUACAUGAGGAGGAGGUUUGUUACAGUGUGCCACCCCAGUAUUAAGGAGAUUACAUGAGGAGGAUUGUUACAGUGUGUCACCCCAGUAGUAAGGAGAUUACAUGAGGAGGGGGUUUGUUACAGUGUGUCAGCCCAGUAGUAAGGUGAUUACAUGAGGAGGAGGUUUGUUACAAUGUGUCACCCCAGUAGUAAGGAGAUUACAUGAGGAGGUUUGUUACAGUGUGUCACCCCAGUAGUAAGAUUACAUGAGGAGGAGGUUUGUUACAGUGUGUCAUCCCCAGUAGUAAGGUGAUUACAUGAGGAGGUUUGUUACAGUGUGUCAUCCCCAUUAGUAAGGAGGUUUGUUACAGUGUGUCACCCCAAUAGUAAGGAGAUUACAUGAGGAGGAGGUUUGUUACAGUGUGUCACCCCAGUAUUAAGGAGAUUACAUGAGGAGGAGGUUUGUUACAGUGUGUCACCCCAGUAGUAAGGAGAUUACAUGAGGAGGGUUUAUUUUUUACAGUGUGUGACCCCAGUAUUAAGGAGAUUACAUGAGGAGGAUUGUUACAGUGUGUCACCCCAGUAGUAAGGAGAUUACAUGAGGAGGGGGUUUGUUACAGUGUGUCAGCCCAGUAGUAAGGAGAUUACAUGAGGAGGAGGUUUGUUACAGUGUGUCAUCCCAGUAGUAAGGAGAUUACAUGAGGAGGGUUUAUUUUUUACAGUGUGUGACCCCAGUAUUAAGGAGAUUACAUGAGGAGGAUUGUUACAGUGUGUCACCCCAGUAGUAAGGAGAUUACAUGAGGAGGGGGUUUGUUACAGUGUGUCAGCCCAGUAGUAAGGUGAUUACAUGAGGAGGUUUGUUACAGUGUGUCAUCCCCAUUAGUAAGGAGGUUUGUUACAGUGUGUCACCCCAAUAGUAAGGAGAUUACAUGAGGAGGUUUGUUACAGUGUGUCACCCCAGUAUUGAGGAGAUUAUAUGAGGAGGAGGUUUGUUACAGUGUGUCACCCCAGUAGUAAGGAGAUUACAUGAGGGGGAGGUUUGUUACAGUGUGUCACCCCAGUAGUAAGGAGAUUACAUGAGGAGGAGGUUUGUUACAGUGUGUCAACCCAGUAGUAAGGUGAUUACAUGAGGACGAGGUUUGUUACAGUGUGUCACAACAGUAGUAAGGUGAUUACAUGAGGAGGAUGUUUGUUACAGUGUGUCAUCCACAUUAGUAAGGAGAUUAAAUGAGGAGGAGGUUUGUUACAGUGUGUCACCCCAAUAGUAAGGAGAUUACAUGAGGAGGAGGUUUGUUACAGUGUGUCACCCCAGUAUUAAGGAGAUUACAUGAGGAGGAGGUUUGUUACAGUGUGUCACCCCAGUAGUAAGGAGAUUACAUGAGGAGGGUUUAUUUUUUACAGUGUGUGACCCCAGUAUUAAUGAGAUUACAUGAGGAGGAUUGUUACAGUGUGUCACCCCAGUAGUAAGGAGAUUACAUGAGGAGGGGGUUUGUUACAGUGUGUCAGCCCAGUAGUAAGGAGAUUACAUGAGGAGGAGGUUUGUUACAGUGUGUCAUCCCAGUAGUAAGGUGAUUACAUGAGGAGGAGGUUUGUUCCAAUGUGUCACCCCUGUAGUAAGGAGAUUACAUGAGGAGGAGGUUUGUUACAGUGUGUUACCCCAGUAAGGAGAUUACAUGAGGAGGAGGUUUGCUACAGUGUGUCACCCCAGUAGUAAGGAGAUUAUAUGAGGAGGUUUGUUACAGUGUGUCACCUUAGUAGUAAGGUGAUUACAUGAGGAGGAGGUUUGUUACAGUGUGUCACCCCAGUAUUAAGGAGAUUACAUGAGGAGGAGGUUUGUUACAGUGUGCCACCCCAGUAUUAAGGAGAUUACAUGAGGAGGAUUGUUACAGUGUGUCACCCCAGUAGUAAGGAGAUUACAUGAGGAGGGGGUUUGUUACAGUGUGUCACCCCAGUAGUAAGAUUACAUGAGGAGGAGGUUUGUUACAGUGUGCCACCCCAGUAGUAAGGAGAUUACAUGAGGAAGAGGUUUGUUACAGUGUGUCAGCCCAGUAGUAAGGUGAUUACAUGAGGAGGAGGUUUGUUACAAUGUGUCACCCCAGUAGUAAGGAGAUUACAUGAGGAGGUUUGUUACAGUGUGUCACCCCAGUAGUAAGAUUACAUGAGGAGGAGGUUUGUUACAGUGUGUCAUCCCCAGUAGUAAGGUGAUUACAUGAGGAGGUUUGUUACAGUGUGUCAUCCCCAUUAGUAAGGAGGUUUGUUACAGUGUGUCACCCCAGUAUUAAGGAGAUUACAUGAGGAGGAGGUUUGUUACAGUGUGUCACCCCAGUAGUAAGGAGAUUACAUGAGGAGGGUUUAUUUUUUACAGUGUGUGACCCCAGUAUUAAGGAGAUUACAUGAGGAGGAUUGUUACAGUGUGUCACCCCAGUAGUAAGGAGAUUACAUGAGGAGGGGGUUUGUUACAGUGUGUCAGCCCAGUAGUAAGGAGAUUACAUGAGGAGGAGGUUUGUUACAGUGUGUCAUCCCAGUAGUAAGGUGAUUACAUGAGGAGGUUUGUUCCAAUGUGUCACCCCUGUAGUAAGGAGAUUACAUAAGGAGGAGGUUUGUUACAGUGUGUUACCCCAGUAAGGAGAUUACAUGAGGAGGAGGUUUGCUACAGUGUGUCACCCCAGUAGUAAGGAGAUUAUAUGAGGAGGUUUGUUACAGUGUGUCACCUCAGUAGUAAGGUGAUUACAUGAGGAGGAGGUUUGUUACAGUGUGUCACCCCAGUAUUAAGGAGAUUACAUGAGGAGGAGGUUUGUUACAGUGUGCCACCCCAGUAUUAAGGAGAUUACAUGAGGAGGAUUGUUACAGUGUGUCACCCCAGUAGUAAGGAGAUUACAUGAGGAGGGGGUUUGUUACAGUGUGUCAGCCCAGUAGGAAGGUGAUUACAUGAGGAGGAGGUUUGUUACAAUGUGUCACCCCAGUAGUAAGGAGAUUACAUGAGGAGGUUUGUUACAGUGUGUCACCCCAGUAGUAAGAUUACAUGAGGAGGAGGUUUGUUACAGUGUGUCACCACAGUAGUAAGGAGAUUACAUCAGGAGGAGGUUUGUUACAGUGUGUCAUCCCAGUAGUAAAGUGAUUACAUGAGGAGGAGGUUUGUUACAGUGUGUCACCCCAGCAGUAAGGAGAUUACAUGAUAAAGAUUGUUACAGUGUGUCAUCCCAGUAGUGAGAUUACAUGAGGAGGAUUGUUACAGUGUGUCACCCCAGUAGUAAGGAAAUUACAUGAGGAGGAGGUUUGUUACAGUGUGUCACCCCAGUAGUAAGGAGAUUACAUGAGGAGGAGGUUUGUUACAGUGUUUCACCCCAGUAGUAAGGUGAUUACAUAAGGAGGUUCACCCCAGUAGUAAGGUGAUUACAUAAGGAGGUUUGUUACAGUGUGUCACCCCAGUAGUAAGGAGAUUACAUGAUAAGGAUUGUUACAGUGUGUCACCCCAGCAGUAAGGAAAUUACAUGAGGAGGAGGUUUGUUACAGUGUGUCACCCAGUAGUAAGGAGAUUACAUGAGGAGGAGGUUUGUUACAGUGUUUCACCCCAGUGGUAAGGUGAUUACAUAAGGAGGUUUGUUACAGUGUGUCACCCCAGUAGUAAGGAGAUUACAUGAUGAGGAUUGUUACAGUGUGUCACCCCAGUAGUAAGGAAAUUACAUGAGGAGGAGGUUUGUUACAGUGUGUCACCCCAGUAGUAAUCAGAUUACAUGAGGAGGAGGUUUGUUACAGUGUGUCACCCAGUAGUAAGGAGAUUACAUGAGUAGGAGGCUUGUUACAGUGUUUCACCCUAGUAGUAAGGUGAUUACAUAAGGAGGAUUGUUACAGUGUGUCACCCCAGUAGUAAGGAGAUUACAUGAGGAGGAGGAUUGUUAUAGUGUGUCACCCCAGUAGUAAGGAGAUUACAUGAGGAGGUUUGUUACAGUGUGUCACCCCAGUAGUAAGGAGAUUACAUGAUAAGGAUUGUUACAGUGUGUCACCCCAGUAGUAAGGAAAUUACAUGGGGAGGAGGUUUGUUACAGUGUGUCACCCAGUAGUAAGGAGAUUACAUAAGGAGGAGGUUUGUUACAGUGUUUCACCCCAGUGGUAAGGUGAUUACAUAAGGAGGUUUGUUACAGUGUGUCACCCCAGUAGUAAGGAGAUUACAUGAUGAGGAUUGUUACAGUGUGUCACCCCAGUAGUAAGGAAAUUACAUGAGGAGGAGGUUUGUUACAGUGUGUCACCCCAGUAGUAAGGAGAUUACAUGAGGAGGAGGUUUGUUACAGUGUGUCACCCAGUAGUAAGGAGAUUACAUGAGUAGGAGGCUUGUUACAGUGUUUCACCCUAGUAGUAAGGUGAUUACAUAAGGAGGAUUGUUAGUGUGUCACCCCAGUAGUAAGGAGAUUACAUGAGGAGGAGGAUUGUUAUAGUGUGUCACCCCAGUAGUAAGGAGAUUACAUGAGGAGGUUUGUUACAGUGUGUCACCCCAGUAGUAAGGAGAUUACAUGAGGAGGAGGUUUGUUACAGUGUUUCACCCCAGUAGUAAGGUGAUUACAUAAGGAGGAGGUUUGUUACAGUGUGUCACCCCAGUAGUAAGGUGAUUACAUAAGGAGGUUCACCCCAGUAGUAAGGUGAUUACAUAAGGAGGUUCACCCCAGUAGUAAGGUGAUUACGUAAGGAGGUUUGUUACAGUGUGUCACCCCAGUAGUAAGGAGAUUACAUGAUAAGGAUUGUUAGUGUGUCACCCCAGUAGUAAGGAAAUUACAUGAGGAGGUUUGUUACAGUGUUUCACCCCAGUAGUAAGGUGAUUACAUAAAGAGGUUUGUUACAGUGUGUCAUCCCAGUAGUAAGGAGAUUACAUGAAGAGGAGGUUUGUUACAGUGUUUCACCCCAGUAGUAAGGUGAUUACAUAAGGAGGUUUGUUACAGUGUGUCACCCCAGUAGUAAGGAGAUUACAUGAGGAGGAGGUUUGUUACAGUGUGUCACCCCAGUAGUAAGGAAAUUACAUGAGGAGGAGGAUUGUUACAGUGUGUCUCCCCAGUAGUAAGGAGAUUACAUGAGGAGGAGGUUUGUUACAGUGUGUCCCUCCAGUAGUAAGGUGAUUACAUAAGGAGGUUUGUUACAGUGUGUCACCCCAGUAGUAAGGAGAUUACAUGAGGAGGAGGUUUGUUACAGUGUGUCACCCCAGUAGUAAGGAAAUUACAUGAGGAGGAGGUUUGUUACAGUGUGUCACCCCAGUAGUAAGGAGAUUACAUGAGGAGGAGGUUUGUUACAGUGUGUCACCCCAGUAGUAAGGUGAUUACAUAAGGAGGUUUGUUACAGUGUGUCACCCCAGUAGUAAGGAGAUUACACGAGGAGGAGGUUUGUUACAGUGUGUCACCCCAGUAGUAAGGUGAUUACAUAAGGAGGUUUGUUACAGUGUGUCACCCCAGUAGUAAGGAGAUUGAUUAUAUGAGGAGGACACACAACAGAAGUUGCUGCUCGACCAGGACCUGCUCCGUGUAUACUACAUCAUGGAGGUGCAGGACCUGUGAUGAUGUCAUAAUCAUGUGACCAGUAGAUGUUGGGGCGGAGCUCAGCAGGAUAGAAGAUAUUUUGUCCAAAUGACCUGUGAGGAUUGUCAUGUGACAUGAGUGGGCGGAGCUCAGCCAUAAGAGAAGGUGAGGUCUCCAGAACUGACCCCAGUAGGACGUCGCUGUCUAUUUCUCCAUGGAGGAGUGGGAUCAUGAAGAAGGACACAAGGAUCUUUUCCUGGACGUAGUCAUGAUGGAGGAUCACCGGCCCCUCACAUCACAAGAUGAAGUCAUUGAUAGAAAUCCACCCGAGAGGUGUCCCCGUCCUCUGUGUUCCCAGGACUGUCCAGAGGGAAAUGUCCCAGAGAACCAUCAGGGUGAAAAUCUUAUUAUAAAGGUUGAGGUUAAAGAAGAAGAAGAGGAGGAGACUGAUUUCUGGGCCCAUCAGCAGUAUGGAGUCAUGGAUAGAAAUCCACCAGAGAGGUGGCCCUGUCCUCUGUAUUCCCAGGACUGUCCAGAGGCAAAUGUCCCAAAGAACCAUCAGGGGGGAGAUUUGACUUAUAAUAAAGUGGAGGAGGAAGCAGAAGAAGAGAGAACGUGGGGCCAUCACCUGUGUAUGAGGGAAGUGAAGGAGGAAACUCCAGAUGUUACCCCAGAGAAUCUCAGUAGGAACCCUGAGGGAAAUUUCAUGUUAUCCCUUAAUUGUAAAUUAGAAGAUGAAGAUAUCAUGCUCCGUUCCUCAGGAGAAGACCUCCUUAUCCCUAAUGUCCAUCCAGAACUUCACAGUACAGAUCUAUCUCAUAAUAAUCCCCCUGAUCAUGAGGAACCUUCUCCUGACCAACCACACAUUGUUAACACAAGGAAAGAUCCAAUACAUGGUAAAGGUUUUCAUUGUGAUGAAUGUGGAGGACUUUUUAGAAAAAAAUCAGCUCUUGUCACACACAAAAAGAGUCACACAAAGAAGCUGUAUGUGUGUCCAGAAUGUGGGCAACACUUCAACAAGAAAGCAAAUCUUGUAAUACAUGUGAGAACUCACACAGGAGAGAAGCCAUAUUCAUGUUCAGAAUGUGGGAAAUGGUUCACAAGUAAAUCAGAUCUUGGUAAACAUGAGAGAAUUCACACAGGAGAGAAGCCAUAUUCGUGUUCAGAAUGUGGGAAAUGUUUCAUACAGAAAUCACAGCUUGCUAUACAUGAGAGAAGUCACACAGGAGAGAAGCCAUAUUCAUGUUCAGAAUGUGGGAAGUGUUUUUUGCGGAAAUCACAUCUUGUUAUACAUGAGAGAGUUCACACAGGAGAGAGGCCAUAUUCAUGUUCUGAAUGUGGGAAGAGUUUUACAAGUACAUCCGAUCUUGGUAGACAUGAGAAAGGACACUCCGGAGAGAAGCCAUAUUCAUGUCCAGAAUGUGGGAAAUGUUUUGCACGUAAAUCGUAUCUUGUUACACACGAGAAAAGUCACACAGGCGAGAAGCCAUAUUCAUGUUCAGAAUGUGGAAAAUGUUUUAUACAGAAAGCACAGCUUGUUAUACAUGAGAGAACUCACACAGGAGAGAGGCCGUAUUCAUGUUCAGAAUGUGGGAAAACUUUUGGAGAUACAUCACAUCUUCUUAAACAUGAGAAAAUUCACACAAGAGACUUGCUGAUAUCCGUUAUUUAACCCAUGAAUUGCUGUGAUCAUUACCGUUUAUGGCAUAUGAAAAACUUCAUAUUUAAACCUAAGCAGAAGCUAAAUCCAACAUAAACUCUUGGUCAGCACACCCUGGGGUCAUGUGACCUUCAUAGGUAAAUAACAGUAAUAUGUAAUGUAAUACUAUUAUGUGUCAUGUAGUAGGGACUUAGCUGUUCAGUAUUAUUGGAUGAUUUAUAUGUUUGGUGGAUUAUUAUGUAUUACCUCCUAUAAGUGAUUGUAUGUCAUGUGUCAUUUCAGUCCUGUGAGGAUUAGACUUCUGGAAUGUCACCAAUAAACCUUAGACCAGGGUCGCACAUAGAAUUGUGGUCGGUAUUUUUAAGCAAAACCAGGAAUGGGUUCAAAACACAGAAAAAUCUGCAAAUUUUUAAAUUCUAGUUUUUCUUGGUGUCGGUUUCUCUCCUGUUUUUGGCUAAGAAAUUCUGAGUACAAUCCUUUGAUGAACCCGGCCUUUAUAACUAAGAGGUGGUCACUGUGAGUCCUUGUCGAGAUGGAGACGUUACUUGUAGGUAACAAUAAAAAACACAUGUUGCCUGUUUUUUUUCUUAU